AUGGGAGCAUUAAGGUUUACAGUGACGAUCUUUCCGCUGCCGCUGUUUGACUCUCAGGUGCUCCUAGUGCUGCCCCCACUACUGCUGUCAGUACCGCUCCCAGAGGUGCUGCCCCCAGUGGGUGCUGUUCCCACUGGUGCUGUCCCCACUGGUGCAGCCCCCCGAGGUGCUGCUCCCCGAGGUGCUGCCCGUGCUGGUGGAGGUCGAGUUGCUGCCUCCCGCGCUCACGGUGCUGCCCGUGCUGGUGGAGGUCGAGGUGCUCCCAGUGCUGCUGCUGCUGCUGGCGGGGAUGGUGCUUACAUCUGCAAUAAUGAGCGUCUCGUUAGGGCCCGUGCUGCCGCUGCUUGUGAUGCUGCCCGUGCUGCUGCCCGUGGUGCUGCCUGUGCUGCUGCCCGUGGUGCUGCCUGUGCUGCUGCCCGUGGUGGUGCUUACGUCUUUAAUAACGAGAGUCUGGUUAGGGUCCGUGCUGCCACUGCUCGUGCUGCUGCCACUGCUCCCCGUGGUGGUGAUUACGUCUUUAAUCACGAGAGUCUGGUUAGGGUCCGUGCUGCCACCGCUCGUGCUGCUGCCGCUGCUGCCCGUGGUGGUGCUGACCGUUUGGGUCAGGAGGCCGUUGCUGGCAUCCAGCAGCUCUCGCCGCACGACGCCGCCCGCUGUGCAGUAGAGGGAGAGCGAGAGCAGUGCUGCCAACGCGAGGGGUGUGCAGGAAUCAGUGCAGCGAAGCAUGGGGGAAACAGUGCAGCGAAGGGGGAAACAGUGUAG